AUGUUGCGAGGGUGCACUGCAAAUCUUGAAGCACCAGCAACCUCGGUUGCCAUGGCUGGUACAGCGAAAGUCUACGAGUCGGGUCCCAAAGUCGAACUCAUUCGGCAAAGGUGUUCUGAGGCUGUAGAACAGCUAAAUUGUCGACACACACCCGCCAACAAGUUGACAUGUCUGCUUCGCCCGUCUCCUUGGCGUCGUAUCUCGUCAUUCCAUGUGCAUUUGUCUCUCAGACACACCAACAAUUCAGCACUGGAGACCCCUUUCGAUGGUCUGUUGGCUCCAGCCGCGCCGCCGCCGACCCCCUUCCGGGCUGUCGACGAGCAAGUCUGCAUCUCAAUCGCCCGGCAACAAGUGGGCUUCUGGUCUCUGCCUCUCGCUGCCCCUCACCACCAACCACCAACCUCCCCCCUCCCAUCUGCACACCUUCCAGAGACCCUUUGA